CUGCCCACACUGCAGCGAUACAUGCGUCCCCUGGGUUGAUUGCGCACACCUGUUCAACUUCAGUGACAUGUGCAUAGGUUUAUUGACCCGAGGGAGUUCUCCAAGUUUUGACGGACUGAUUGACAAUGGAGACUCCUCUCCACUUGACUAUUGUUCUUAAUUACCCGACCUCUAUUUUACUACUCUUGAUCGGCGGCUUUUCUCUUGGAUCGUCCCCGACCACGUCAAAUAUAGCUGACGAGUUUGGCGAUUUUACUUUGUACCAACAUGGCAAUAUCUUGUCACCCCUUCUGAAAGCGCUGACCGCACAGGGAGUACCAUGGCAAGACACGACCCCAAGAAUGAAACCUGAUUCGAGAUAUGUUCGAUACAUGAAAAGACUGUACAGGAUGUCUUCGAGACAUGAGAGGAGUUUGGAAGGGAACAACCACCUUUACAACACAGUUCGACUUAUAACCCCGCGGGGUGAGUGCCUGGAGCAAAGCAAAGAGUUCUUAAUGCAACACCUCUCCUACAAUCUGGACCGUGUCAGAGUCAAGGAGCAGCUCCUGAAGUCUGUCCUGCUGUUCUCCUUUGACCAAGAGCAGGCCUUGUCCAUGACUACCCAAUGUUACCUAGAUGUGAAAGAGCAGGCUGCCCAGGAUCAGUGUCUUCUCUGCCCCAGCACCCAUCACUCAGUCAACUUCCUGUUCCACACGGACCGCAGGAGGAAGUGGGUUGAGGUGGACAUCACAGCGUUCCUCCGACCUCUCAUCCAGUCCCACAAGAAGGACAUCCAUUUGCUGAUCAACCUGACGUGUGUGGAGGGCAGAGGCAGGGAGGCUGGAGGAGAGGAGAGGAGCGGUAGGGGCCCCGUGGAGCUCCACCUAAGGUCUCCGUCCUUGCUCCUGUACCUCAAUGACACCAGCGAGCUGGCACACCAAAGAUGGCUGCCCACCAGGUCACAAGGUCAUCCGAGAUCAGCCAAUGAGAUGGACACCUUUGAGAGCCUGGCGGAGUUUAAACCAGAGCGAAGGAUCAGCCGGAGCAAGAGGAGAAGACUGAGGAGAGAAUCUCCAGAUCUGUUGACGAACAACGCACGAGGCAAAACGAGCCCGAAGACCAUCCUCCCGGACCUCCUCCCGAGUUCUGACUUCCCUACGAGCGACUGUGCCUUGUACGACUUCAGCGUGAGCUUCAGUGAGCUCAAACUGAGCCAUUGGAUCAUUUUCCCCCACAGGUACAACCCCAGGUACUGUAAAGGCACUUGUCCCAGGGCUGUGGGGUUCAUCUACGGCUCCCCCAGACACACCUUCUUCCAGAACAUGAUCUACCACAUACUGGACUCCUCCGUGCCACGGCCUUCCUGUGUUCCCUUGGAGUACAUCCCCCUGAGUGUUUUAACCCUUGAAGGUGACUCCAUUGCCUACAAGGAGUUCGAUGAAAUGAUCGCUACGAGGUGCACAUGUCGCUAAAGGCCCACCUCCAGGGUCGGGCUCAAUCCCAUUUGAACUUGGUGUAAAAACUGAACAAUCUCAACUGAAAUUCCAAUUGUUCUCUAUACUUUUCAAUGUAAAAAAAAAAUCCUCUCGCUCUGGAAAUUGACUGAAUUGAAAUGGAAUUGACCCCUACCUCACUGUUUUACCAGCCUCAACACUUUGACUGUUAACCUACCUUCUGCAUCAACUGCCGCUAGACUUAUUCCAUCCUCCUCAAGCGCUUGACUUUAGCAACUUUUGUGACUUUUUCACAAUCGCCUAUUGUAACAUCCUGGUCUGGGGACUUCAUGUCAAGUCAUCAGUGUCUUUGUCAAAACAUCAGUGCAUGGAGUUAGAUUUUUUUUGAUCUAGAACAGAUGCAUUUACUUGUCCCCAAAAAGUAUUUUUAUCUAAAUAGAAAAUAUAGCAUUGAUUUCCUUUUGUUUACAUGUUUAUGUGAUAGGCAGGAAUGUUGUGAAGAUGUCUUAUCCCUGCACUUACUGUCUGCUUUGUUUACAUGUUUAUGUGAUAGGCAGGAAUGUUGUGAAGAUGACUUAUCCCUGCACUUACUGUCUGCUUUGUUUACAUGUUUAUGUGAUAGGCAGGAAUGUUGUGAAGAUGACUUAUCCCUGCACUUACUGUCUGCUUUGUUUACAUGUUUAUGUGAUAGGCAGGAAUGUUGUGAAGAUGACUUAUCCCUGCACUUACUGUCUGCUUUGUUUACAUGUUUAUGUGAUAGGCAGGAAUGUUGUGAAGAUGUCUUAUCCCUGCAUUUACUGUCUGGUUUGUUUAGAUUGAUUUUUAAGUUAUUAUUUUUGUUAAUUUAUUUAGGGUGUUCUGCCAUCUUUAGUCUCUUCUUUCACACUAACUGGUACAUUUGAAGUACAUCUGUUCUGGACAAAAUAUUUAAAAAAAAAAGUGGUCCUAUAUACUCGUAUCCAACACUUUCACGUUUCAUUUUAUUCCUGGGGAUUAAAGACUGUUUCACGGACAACCUCUCUUUUCAUACGGUCCAGAAUGUAAGUUAUCUUUUAUAGACAACUUGAUUUUUGUGUGUAUUUAUUACCCUGGGUCAUGAAAUGACUGCAUACCUAAUAUAUUGACGAAUUUAACUAAAAUGCAAAUGAAA